UUCCCCGAAAAACAAGAAUCCGGACUUUGCUGUUGUUUUCUUUUGGUAUCGUCUUUCUUAUCGCUCCCCUGAUUACAAUAAUCGCUUUAUCAUUGUGAAAGUGACUUCAAGUACCUCUUCGGCAAGCACUUGUAUACUCCAUUCACUCGGUGGCUGACAUUUUGUUGGAUCUGCAAUUACCGCUCGUAAAGUUGCGCAAGAAACAAGAAAAAACUCUGUGUGAAAAUGUCUGAAUUGCGGUUUGAUGGUCGUGUGGCUGUUGUGACGGGCGCUGGAGCGGGCCUGGGCCGUGAGUAUGCCCUGCUGUUUGCGAGCCGGGGGGCAAAAGUGGUGGUGAACGAUCUUGGCGGAAAUACUCGCGGGGAAGGAAAUUCCCAGCAAGCAGCCGAUGUGGUUGUGGAUGAAAUCCGUGCAAAAGGGGGCGUCGCGGUGGCGGAUUACCACUCAGUGACAGAUGGAGAAAAGAUCGUCAAGACGGCAAUGGAGAACUUUGGCCGCAUCGACAUUCUAGUGAACAAUGCUGGCAUUUUGCGGGACAAGAGCUUCCCAAGGAUCUCCGAGGAUGACUGGAAUCUGAUCCAUGAUGUUCACGUGAAGGGCAGCUUCAAGACUACCCAGGCCGCAUGGCCCAUUUUCAAGAAGCAGAAUUUCGGCAGAAUUAUCAUGACGUCCAGCAAUUCUGGCGUGUAUGGAAACUUUGGUCAGGCGAACUACAGCGCAGCCAAGCUGGGUUUGGUGGGCCUGGCAAACACUCUGGCCAUCGAGGGCGCCAAGUACAACGUCCACUGCAAUGUGAUUGUGCCCACUGCGGCGUCUAGGAUGACACAGGGAAUCCUCCCGGAUCUGUUGUUCGAGGAAUUGAAGCCUAGGUUGAUUGCGCCUGUCGUUGUUUACCUCUGCCAUGAGAACACCGAAGACAAUGGAGCCGUUGUUGCCAGUGCUGCUGGCUGGGCGGGAAAGGUGGAAAUCGUGGCGGGAAAAGGCAGUGUUCUCAGAUCUUCCCUCCAUCAGGACGUCACGAUCGAGAACGUGCGUGACGCCUGGGGAAGAGUGGUGGACAUGUCUCAGGCCGAGAAUAAUAGAACAAUCGGAGCGGCGAGUGCGAAACUCCUGGGCGUGCUUGAGGAUCUGAAGAGCCAGGAAUCUGGAGCGCCACAGACGCAAUCGAGCGGCGUAAUUUCAAGCGAUUUCACCUUUGGCUUCAAAGAUUUGAUCCUGUACGCGCUCGGCAUUGGCGCUUCAGUGACCGACGAGUCAGACCUGAAGUAUCUAUACGAGAGCCAUGCGGAGUUUUCUGUCCUACCGUCCUUCUUCAUUCAGCCGGGCCUAAUGCUCACAAUGGGCUCCUCCCUCACAAAGAACGCAAUCACUCACAAGGAGUUCGAUUUGACCAACGUCCUCCACGGAGAGCAAUACUUGGAAGUGUUCGAUUUCCCACUCGAGGGAAAUCUGCGCACCGAAGGCAGAGUUCUGGAUGUGAUGGACAAGGGAUCUGGUGCCGUUGUGGUGACAAACUGCGACACAUUCGACAGCAAAGGCAAUCUCGUGGCCAGGAAUCAGAGUGCAACAUUUAUUGUGGGAUGUGGCAAUUUCGGGGGCAAGAAGAAUCCCAGUUCGGAAGUGAUUCCCACCUUGCCGACGCCAACUGGUCCUCCGGAGACUUCAAUCACUCUGAAGACUUCCGUGGAUCAGGCGGCAAUCUUCCGACUGAGCGGCGAUCCGAAUCCUCUGCACAUUGAUCCCAAUUUCUCCAUCAUUGCCGGCUACAAAACGCCCAUUCUGCAUGGCUUGUGCACUCUAGGAUUCUCCCUGAGAGCUGUGCUUAAAGCCUAUGCCAACAACGAUUCCACGCUCUUUAAGGCGAUCAAGGUGCGAUUCGUGAAGCCAGUAAUUCCUGGCCAAACACUCAAAGUGGACAUGUGGUCAAAUGGAAACAGAAUCCAGUUCAAGACGAGUGUCGUGGAAACUGGACAAGAUGUGCUGACUGGUGCUUACGUUGAUCUGAAGAGUACAGUGAAGCCAGUAAAAGCGACCACAGCCGGCAGCAAGAUGGGUCUUCAGAGUGAUGCCAUUUUCGGAGCGAUUAAGGAUCGCGUGGACGGAGAGCCGGCGAAGGCGAAGGCCGUGAACGGCGUGUUUGCGUACAAGAUCACGGAGAAUGGACAAGUGGUGAAGGAGUGGACACUUGACCUGAAGAACGCCAAAGUGUAUGAAGGAGCGCCCCAGGGCGGCAAGGCCGACACCACUCUGACCGUGGGCGAUGCGGACUUUGUGGACAUCGCGCUGGGCAAGAUCAAUCCCCAGGUGGCGUUCAUGAAGGGCAAGCUGAAAAUCACAGGAAAUAUCAUGCUGACCCAGAAGUUGGUGCCAUUCCUGAAGACCGAUGCUAAGUUGUAGUUCGGUGACAUUCCGUCGCGAUUUGGGAUAUGGUUAAAAUGUUUUUUUAUUGGUGAUUUUGCGAUUAUAUCAGGAAAUGUAUUCAUUUUUUAUGAAGAGGGUGUGAAAAAUACACAUUGAAGUUCACAUUU